AUGACGGAUGCUCAGCAUAUGCAAGUUACCGGCUACUUAACAGCAGACACAACGAUGACUCCAUUGAGAGGACGCCAUCGACAUAAAAGGUCGUUUGCUAUCUCCGGAGACUUCGAUUUCGUCAAGCAGCCGGCCGCGUUGCCUUCGUUGCCUAACAACAAGCUAGAUCCAUCAGAUGUCCAAAUUGAUAGGACUGGCGGCUCGAGGGAGCCGCCCGAAAUAGUGGUUGAGCAGAAGAUAGUGCCACCGGAGGCGGCAGCUGCAUCAUCUCCGAGUCCUCGGCUGGAGAAUCCCAAUGCUACAAGCCCUAGAUUCUUCAUAAGUGAGGAGCCACGAUUUUCGUCUCCAUUUCGUGGGGUACCAGAUGCAAUCAUCAAUCUGGAUGACGCAUUGAAAACUAAACCGAAAUGUUUCAAGUCGCAUAAAAGAUCAGAAUCAGCUCCGGCCGAUCUGGCUGUUUUACUGAAUGCGAAGACCGUCUCUCACUCAAGUCAGAUGAUAGAAGAGGAAGAUGACGAUGGCGAUGAGACUGAGGAGGACCAUAACUCGCAGAUUAACUUUGGGGUGCCUGAUGUUGCUGAGGGGGGCAACAAAUCUACUUUGCUAUCACCAUUACGGCCUAUGUCUCCGUCUCCGGCAGCACAUCUGCAGGAAUUAACUUUGGACGGUUCGCCUGUGCGUUGGAACAGGGACAGUCGAGCUGACAACUACAAUUCUUUGAAAAUCAAUAGACAAAAGCAAAGAUAUUACCAAUACACAAAAAAACUACCCAUCGCAAAUGCAGGCAUACAACCUCAAACGCUGAGGGAGAAAGAGUCUUCGACUUCCCUUUCUUCUGCAUGUUUAAAAACUCCCCUCUCAUCAUUCCAAACUCCGUCAAGACAAGCUUCGACGCCUUCAACGCCGCUCUCCGCUGGCUUCAGUAACAACAAUGAUCAGUUUGAAAACAACAGCGGACUAACCAGUCCUUUCAGAUCCCGCCAGAUGCAUUCAAGUAUGCGUAACGCAGCCAACUCAAGUUUCGGAUAUGAGCCAAAGGUCUAUGAGAUGCCUCAUGGCAGAGCGAACUCUGAUUCAGUUUCUUCAAGAGAUGAUAAAACUCUUUACAAGAACGAGAUGUCACUCACGGACGGUUGCGACGUGACGGACGAUGACAACAAUGGUAGCGAGAAUGACGGAGAGAAAGCCAACAUGUUAUCAAUUUCUAAAGAAUUGCUUUUUGGGCAGCCUGGCGACACAGUCGAUUUGUCUUCCAUAUCAUCGUCAGUCAAAGAAACCUUUACUAACUAUAAAAGCUCGAGCAACGAGGUUCUGUCGCCAGUAAGGCUCGAUACGAACGAUGACAGCGAGCCUUUGUCUUCUGCAAAUGAUACCCCUGAGUCUCGAAGCGUGAGCGAUACCCUUCUUGUCGUGCAGAAGACACGGAAAGAAAAGCGCAAAGUAAAGUCCAAACUAAACGUUCUUUUCAUGAACAUUUUCAGAUACACUAACAAUUAUGAACGAGGAGCCAACGAAAAAAAGGCUUAA